UGAAAUCUUCCGACUCGUGCGCGCCAACCUUUUCGUUGCUCGCUCACCGACCGGCGCCAUCACUCGCUGAAAUUUCUUUUCCCAAUCCAGUUCAUUCUGCCGCUCUCCAAUAGUCCAAUCCGGUCGCGGCGAAGCUCGGCCAGACGGCCACCCCACCCCAAUGCCGUCACGGUCGGGCUCCCGGGGCAGGCGGCCGCGGCCGGCCCCAGAGGUGGCUGCUCCCACGGCUGUACAAGUGAGCUCGUCCGGCUCGAGUGAGGAAGGGAGCGAUGAGGAGGAGGAGGAGGGGAGCGAGGGAUCCGGUGACGGUGCGAGGAGCCCGGGCGGCUCUGCCAGCAAGUAUAAGGCGGCGGAGAGUGAAGCCGAGGCGGAGGACCCAUGCCUUCCCAGCUGCCCCAUUUGUAUGGUCGCGUGGACCGCUGAUGGUUCGCAUCGCGUGAGUUGCAUCCCCUGUGGACAUGUCUACGGCAGACAUUGCUUAGAGAUGUGGUUACUGCAGUACGGCAAGAAAAAGGCACCGUGUCCUCAAUGUGGCAAGAGAUAUACACAGAACAACAUCAUCAACCUCUAUGUACCAGAGAUUGUUGUUCCCAAUAAUGAUCUUGAAAAGCAAGUAUUGUCCUUGAGAGAGAGAAAUGAAUAUCUUGAGAAGCAACAAGCAAAAUUACUUGAGGAGAUAAAAGAGCAUAAGAGGCAGAUUAUGUUGCAACAAAAUAUAAUAUAUGAAUCAAACAAAAAGAGACAGAGAGUGACAGAGCAGUCAUCAGAUGGAAUACUAGGGGCAGAGCUAAUUGCCUCGCAUACAAAGGACAUUGACCACAACAAUCUGUCAAGUUUUGCUCUCCAGGUCCGUUUUCAGUGUUGUCUGAUUCCCUCUUUCUAGCCCCAUUUGAUUAUGCACCUGUCAAGCGCCUCGACGCCCAACGUCGCUGGACCGCGGCUAUGCAGUUCGUAGUCGCGCUCCAGACCUUCACCGUGAGGGGUUCCUCACCGGUGGCUUGAGAGAGGCAAGGGAGAAGAGCAGUUUUGGAUAAUUGAUCUUGCUUGAUUAUUUCCCAGUCUAUUACACGACAUAUAUAGCCUUUGGUUCAACCAAUCUCUCCUAUGAUUAAGGCAUAUGAAAAGGAAACUAAUCUUAACCAAUCUCUCCUAUGAUUAAGGCAUAUGAAAAGGAAACUAAUAUUAACCAAUCCCUCCUAUGAUUAAGGCAUGCAAAAGGGAAACUAAUCCUUAUCUUUCUAAACUUAGCCACUGAUUGUGGCGCCUGCCUUGGCUGCGCGAUUUGCAGCCCUCUUGGCGUCACGACGGCGCCUGUAAGUGCGGUCGUACAUGAUAUCUCUCCCCCCUCGACGAUCAGCUCGUCCUCGAGCUGAAAGUGGGGAAAUUUGUCGCGGAAGUCGGCGACAUCUUCCCAUGUAGCAUCAGUAGUGGCCUGCCCUUUCCAGCGGAUGAGCACCUACUGAAUACCCCUAGCCAACCUGUAUCGAACAGCCUGCUCCGGUUCUGGGAUCACCGCCCCAUUGUGAGUGGGUGGAUGAGGAGGUGGUGUAGCUGGUGGGGCGCCGACGAACUUCUUGAGAAGGCCGACGUGGAAGACAUCGUGCAACUUGGCACGCAGAGGUAGCGCUAGGCGAACUGCCACCGGAUUGAUGAGCUCUGUGACUUGAUACGGCCCGACGAAGCGCGGCUUCAGCUUGCCCUUGGGCGCGUGGGGAAGGGAGGAGGCUGCCCGAUGACGCAGGCGCAGCAGCACCCAGUCGCCCACGGUAUAGGAGACCGGUCGGUGCAGGCGGUCGUAGAACUUCUUCUGGACGGCCUGGGCUUGUUCCAGGCGGUAGUGAACAUCCGCUAGGAGCUCCUCGCGUUCGGCCAUUGUCUUGGCCACCGCCGCCACCCGGGUAUCGCCAGGCUCAUAAGAGCGGAUGGAGGGAGGAUCCCUGUCGUAAACCACCUUGAAAGGAGUGUCCCUGAGUGAUGAUUGGUACGCCGUGUUGUAGACGUACUCCGCCCAUGGUAGCCAACGUAGCCACUGGCGGGGCUGGUCCCCAGUGAAGCACCAGAGGUACAUGAUGAUGACUUUGUUGGCCGCCUCCGUCUGGCCAUCGGACUGCGGGUGGAAGGCGGACGUCAUGUGCAGCUUGGUGCCUGUGAGGCGCAUUAACUCCUUCCAGAACGCCGAGGUGAACACGGAGUCCCGGUCCGACACCAUGGACUGAGGAAUCCCAUGGAGGCGAACGAUCUCGCCGAAGAACGCCCGGGCCACAGACUCAGCACUGUAGGGGUGAGCCAGAGGAAUAAAAUGACAAUAUUUGCUGAACCUGUCGACCACGGUGAGGAUCACUGAUUUGCCCCCAACGCGGGGCAGCGCCUCGAUGAAAUCCAAGCCGAUGUCGGACCACGCGGCCUGGGGAACGGGCAGGGGCAGCAGCAGGCCCGCCGGGUGUAGGUGCUCAGACUUGUUGCGCUGGCACGUAGCGCAAGCGCGGACGAAGUCUUGGACCACACGACGCAUGGCGGGGAAGAAGAAAUCGAGGCGGAGGCGAUGUAGAGUGCGCUGCACCCCUUCAUGACUGUCGUCGUGCGUAGCGGCCACCACCUCUAGCAACAGCGGGGAGUCCGGCGGGAUGUACAGCCGGUCUGCGUAUGCCACCAUGCCGUCGAACAGCGACCAUGGUGCGCCCCUCGUGCCGUCCGCGAGUUCAUCCCGGAUGGCGACCAGGGCCGGAUCAUGAAGUUGAGCCUGACGGAGACGGUCGACGAAGUCGAAGCGGGGCGCGGACAGCACCAAGACCGAGCCUUCCGCGUCGGUGUCGCGCCGAGACAGCGCGUCGGCAACGGUGUUCGUGGCGCCCGACUUGUACUCCACCGAGAAGUCGAAGCCGAGGAGCUUGCCCACCCAAUGGUGCUGCGGGAUUGUCGAAAGGCGCUGGUCGAGGAGGAACUUGAGGAUGUAGUGGUCGGUGCGGACGAGGAACACGCGCCCCCACAGGUACGGCCGCCAGUGUCGCACGGCGUGCACCAGCCCGAUGAGCUUCCGCUCAUAAGCUGCCAGCGCGCGGUGACGGGGGGGUGAUUGGCCUGCUGAAGUAGGCGAUCGGAUGAUGUUCUUGCAGUAAGACCGCCCCGAAGCCGUGUGUGGAUGCGUCACACUCGACGAUGAAGACCUUGGUGAAGUCCGGCAGCGCCAAAACCGGAGUCAAGGUCACGACCAUCUUGAGGUCCUGGAAGGCUGCCUGGGCCUCGUUGCUCCAGGAGAAGCCCUCCUUCUUCAUCAGCGCGGUGAGGGGUGCUGCAAUCUUGCCGUAGUCGUGGACGAACUUGCGGUAGUACCCGGCGCGACGUCCUCCAGAUUAUAAGAGGCCAUCCACACGCGUUCCUCCCCCAUGGUGCGCUGUUGGCGAAAAUAGGAUUCGCAUUUGUUGAUGAAGAGCAUCGGGUCGGUGGUGCCAUCGAACCGGGGAAAGUUGAGCUUCUGGAACCUGGGGGGCCGAUCCAAACGAGGGGGAUCCUCGCGCUCGCCGCCGCCGUCGGUGGACGACGAGGACGACUUGUCCUUCAUGGUGGCUUUCACGGCAGCCAACUCGGUCUGGAAAGACUGCAUCAGCUCCAUGAGGUCCUUGAUGGUGGGCUCAGCCAUGGUGAUGGAGUGGUCGGUGGAGGCGGUGGGCGUGGAAGGGGAUGGUGGAGGGCAAGAGCGGGUGGGUGAGGAUCGACGUGACGCUGAUACCAGGUUGUCAAGCGCCUCGACGCCCAACGUCGCUGGACCGCGGCUACGCAGUUCGUAGUCGCGCUCCAGACCUUCACCGUGAGGGGUUCCUCACCGGUGGCUUGAGAGAGGCAAGGGAGAAGAGCAGUUUUGGAUAAUUGAUCUUGCUUGGUUAUUUCCCAGUCUAUUACACGGCAUAUAUAGCCUCUGGUUCAACCAAUCUCUCCUAUGAUUAAGGCCUAUGAAAAGGAAACUAAUCUUAACCAAUCUCUCCUAUGAUUAAGGCAUAU